AUGCCCGAAGUCAAGAUCAAGUUAACACAGUCUAGCUAUUCUACGCGAGACGCAGCACUCACGGGAACGCUCUACAUCACAUCGAAGAAAGCGUUUCAUGUCGGCCAGGUGUCGGUGGAGCUCCGGUGCUUUUUGGAAGCACGAACGGAUCUUUCCCCCGUCAAGCGGAAGCUCUUCCGAAACGUGGUAGAACCGUAUCAGCCCGAGAGACGACUCAUCAGUCGCGCUGAAAAUAUCAUCAUCGCCGGUAAGCCCAACAUGAAGGUCUCCGAGUGUGUCGAGCUUGGCGCAGGCAUCCAUGAAAUCCCAUUUAGCAUUGACUUCCCCCAAGAUACGAUGCCUCCAACGAUGUUGGAUCUUCCAGACCUCGCGGUCACCCAUGACCUCAAGGCCACGCUAUACCGUAAAAACCCACCAGAAAAAAUAUUGGGCAGAGCCCACAAGGCCAGCUUCACCGACAGUCACAGCUUUACAUACAGACACCCUACGAGCAGCUACCUUCCGAGAUGGAGCGGCGAAACAGACGGAUACCCCUCCCCUCGAUCCUCGUUGAUGCGCACGACUCAAUACGCUGUCAGACAGAAGCUUUUGUUUGGGCACGAAUCGGGCGAUAUACCCCUCUACUUUGAGUUGCGUUAUGUCACCAACUCACCCGUGUUGGCUCUCAAUGGCCGGCCCAGCUUCAAGCUCUUUCUCAUGUCCACUGUGCCCCCUGCCACUUUCGCUAACGGCCGCGGCCGUUUCAAGAUGAGUAGUCUCUCUAUUGAUUUAAAUUCCACCACCACCAUUUUCCUGGGCGAGCAAAGGCUCCAGACGUACAACAUUUGGCAGCAUCCGGGCUUCUUGAUCAACCUCGCCAAGAUGCAGCCGUAUGACAGCCAGAUAGAAUGCGACUCCUCGUUUGAAGAUUUGUACGAGUUGGAGAUCCCCGAUACGAUGUAUGCCGACAGUUUUGCCAAAAGAGAGUUGAGAUCGUUGCCCGUAACCUUCAAAACUUCCAAUAUAGAGAGAUCCUACAAGCUUGCGAUUUCUGGCUACAUGUCUCUGAAGUCGGUGGAGUCUCCACGAAUGCCAGACCCAAGAAUGGAUAUCGUCAGCGACGUGGUUGUGGUGAGCACCGCCAACGGGAAGGGCCCUGAGAGCGUGUAUAGCAGCGACAAUUCUCCGUACCAGAACCGUCACUCCGAUGCCGCCUCUUUGUUUUCUUAUGCUUCGGCUGCCUCCACGAUGGCGUCGAACCCGCAAGCCCAGUCAGCUCCAUGGAUGAGCCGCAAGAGAGGGCAGUCAUCAGGGACCAACCCUGUUUCUGCCGCUAGCUACACCCGGAUGAACUCGUUGCCUGUCUUUGAAGACACCGAUUACUGAGUUUGAGGGUGUCUGGGUUAGAGAAGCACCCAAACGGACUGAGGUAUUAAAUAUCCACUGGGACCUAAGAAGUAUGGAUUAAAGCUCCGGAAGUAUCGACACGAAUGUUAAGGUCUGUGAGGGGGAUACGCCAUAACUAUGUAGAUCGAUUGAUAGUGACAGCCAAAGCGCGCUAUCAUUGGAAAG